UGUUAUUAGGAAAAAUCUAAUUGUAUUUCCUACUUCUUCCUAUUCAAGAACCAUUUUUUUUUAAGAAGGAUCGAUGAUGGUUCCCCAUCUACCUCCGAAGUGACUCGGACCCCAGCCUAAUGGUCGGAGGUGAAGCGUCUUACCACCGAGCUGCGCUUCGUUGUCGGGAUGGGAAUGAACGAGUCAUCCAACCUUUCCCCAAGCAAGGGUCCAGACCAGUUAACUGUAUCAACCCAAUCAAGGCAAACGUAUGUGGAACUACUUCUACAGAAAAUAGGACAAUAUUCGAUGAUUUACAAUCUCCAGUCGGCGGCUCGCUUUUUUAUUUUGAUUCUGAAUCAUCUAAGGAUGAAGAAGGCAAUCCAGGUUCAAAAUGCCUAAAGGACGUCCGCGCUCGCAAGCCUCACAGGAUGCAGAUAACCAGCUUAGAGUCGACAUAGACAGUGUUGUCGACGACAUUAUUCCAGUGGCCCUUGCUAAAAGAUUUAGGGAGAGGUUAGCCGAGAUAGGCCCUGGGACCUCUGGUAGUCAAGGAGAGCCUAAACAACCUACGGGGCGAAAACAGGAUCGACUAUACUGCCGCGAAAAACCUGCAAAUUUCAAUUUCGAAUGCUGGGUAGAAAAUUAUGGUUUGUAGUGCGUGACUCUCUGGUAUUUGUUGGAAGACUUAGCA